CCGGAAGCGGAAGUGACGGCAGAAGCGCGGCGGCGCGAUGGCGGCGGCGGUGCUGGCGGCUGCGCGGCUGCUGCGUGGCGCGGGGGCCGGAGGCUCGCGGCCCAGGUUUGGACCCCCUGCAUACAGACAGUUUAGUAGCGGAGGCGCCUAUCCCAGCAUCCCUCUUUCUUCUCCCUUACCUGGAGUACCCAAGCCUGUUUUUGCUGCAGUUGAUGGACAGGAAAAAUUCGAAACCAAAGUUACCAGGCUGGAUAAUGGGCUUCAAGUGGCAUCUCAAAAUAAGUUUGGACAGUUUUGUACAGUAGGAAUUCUUGUCAACUCAGGAUCAAGAUAUGAAGCGAAGUAUCUUAGCGGAAUUGCUCACUUUUUGGAAAAAUUGGCAUUUUCGUCUACUGCUCGAUUUGACAGCAAAGAUGAAAUUCUGCUUACUUUGGAAAAGCAUGGGGGUAUCUGUGACUGCCAGACCUCAAGAGAUACCACCAUGUAUGCUGUGUCUGCUGACAGUAAAGGCCUGGACACUGUGGUUGGCUUGCUGGCUGAGGUGACUCUGCACCCCCGCCUGACAGAUGAAGAAAUAGAGAUGACACGGAUGGCUGUCCAGUUUGAGCUGGAGGACCUGAACAUGCGACCUGACCCUGAGCCGCUUCUCACUGAGAUGAUUCACGAAGCUGCUUACAGGGGGAACACCGUGGGCCUCCACCGUUUCUGCCCCAUAGAGAACAUACCCAAGAUUAACCAGGAAGUGCUCCAUUCCUACCUAAGGAACUACUAUACCCCCGACCGCAUGGUGCUGGCUGGAGUUGGUGUCGAGCAUGAGCAUUUGGUGGAAUGUGCUGAAAAAUACCUACUGGGAGCCCAGCCAGCCUGGGGGAGUGCGGGGGCUGUGGACAUUGACAGAUCUGUGGCGCAGUACACCGGGGGCAUUGUCAAGCUAGAGAGAGACAUGUCCAAUGUCAGCCUUGGCCCAACCCCCAUCCCAGAGCUCACACACAUCAUGGUGGGGCUUGAGAGCUGCUCCUUCCUGGAGGAGGAUUUUAUCCCUUUUGCUGUGCUGAACAUGAUGAUGGGAGGAGGGGGCUCCUUCUCGGCUGGCGGGCCCGGCAAGGGCAUGUUCUCCAGGCUCUACCUCAACGUGCUCAACAGGCACCACUGGAUGUACAAUGCGACCUCCUACCACCACAGCUAUGAAGACACUGGCCUCUUGUGCAUUCACGCUAGCGCUGAUCCGAGACAGGUUCGGGAAAUGGUAGAAAUCAUCACAAAGGAAUUUAUUUUGAUGGGCGGGACUGUGGAUACGGUGGAGCUGGAGCGGGCCAAGACACAGCUGAUGUCAAUGCUAAUGAUGAACCUGGAGUCCAGGCCUGUCAUCUUUGAGGACGUGGGGAGGCAGGUGCUGGCCACACAGUCCAGAAAGCUGCCCCAGGAGCUGUGCAUGCUCAUCCCUGGCACCUCAACCCAUGACCCAACCUGGAAGGAGUGGUCAUCAGGUGGGUUUUUGAAGAGGACCGAUGGCUGCAAAGUGCCAGGGGAACAACGUGCCGUGUGUAGUGACUGCCCAGGCAACGUGAAGCCAGACGACAUCCAGAGGGUUGCAUCUAAGAUGCUGCGUGGGAAACCUGCCGUGGCCGCCCUUGGGGAUUUGACCAACCUGCCCACUUACGAGCACAUCCAGGUGGCGUUGUCCAGCAGAGAUGGGCGCUUGCCACGGACAUACCGGCUCUUCCGGUAGAGCCCCUCCAGAAGCAAGCCUCAGAGACCCCAGCUGCUGGGAGGUGUUUCCACGUGAAUUGCUUUGCUUGUGAACUCAGUGGAGACGUGUCUGGUUCUGAGAGCAGUGUGAACUAUGGGACUAUGAAUCCUGAGUGUCACAGCCACAACAGCAGCCACAGCACCCGUGGGGUCGGAAUUUGCCAGUUGGGAAUAAAUGCAACCUUCAUUUCCCAAGCCAAAAGGCAGGCAGGCAUGGGAGUGGAGCCUGCCCACACAGCAGGCACACUGAGCAACCUGAGCAGAAGCAGUUGAGCCUGUUCCUGCUAAUAAAAUGGUGACCAUCUUACCAUGCUGCUGUCCUUUACCCUCCAGUGCAGGAGGGCUGGGAAAGUGUGUCUUUGGUGACCUUGCUCCCUGAGCAUCACCUGGUCUCACCCAGUAUCUCAAAGCUCUUGCCCCAGGAUGUCAAGUGAGUACAGGGCCAGGGCUGCUUGAGCUCGAGGGGGCUGGUGGUGACUGGCAGCAGGCUCAGGUGGGACGGCACUGCAGUGGGCCACUGUGUGGGUCCCAGCAGUCCCCAGGUGGUCUGAGCACAGCCCUCUUGCAGUCAGGUGGAGGGACCGCAUGGUCAGGAAGUCAAGCUUCUGAGCGUGCUGCUGCUUUAAUUCUUACUGUGAUCACUACAUUUUGAACACUCUGGGCAUCCAGUGGAAGGGUCUGCUUGAUGCCUACUGAUUGGUACCCAGUCUGUGGGAACUGGAGCCGGAGGAUGCCCAGCAGGCUGCCGAGGUAAUUUACCACGCUGGAAGGACGUCACUGCGGGUUCCCUGAGUGCCUAGGGCAGAGCGGGAACUCAGACCCCAAGGCUCUGCUCAGGUGCAGACCCAGGUCGUCCACUGCCACACAAUGUCCACACAUACUGGGAGCUCCUAACCACGCACCUGCCAGGCUUCUCUCCUCAGCGUCUCCCUUCCCAUCCCCUCCUCCCCAGCCUUCCUGGCCAUACCCGUUUUCUGCUUUCUUCUCUUUGCCUUGCCCCUCAGAGUCACCUUCGUGGACACUUCCCAGGGUAGGCUGUGUGGUCCUGAACUCUGAGAACCCUGGUGACCAGUGGUGGGGCUGGCUACUGCUGGACUCUUGUUAAAGGAAUGUGUGUGUGUGUGUGAGAGUGAACAAGAGCUAUUUAAAAAUCACCCUCAUGCCUGGUCCUUACUUGGUUCUUUAUGAAGCUUAUUUUCCAUAGAUUUACCAGCUUCAUCUGCAUUUGAGUUUUAGACUCAUUUGCCAAGUGAAAUGUUCUAAAUGUCAUGGCUGGUGCCAGGUUCAUCACUGCACUCUUGACCCCUGACCUUGUUAGAUGUGUAACCUGCGAGACUCAGCACUCUCCAACUCGGGCCAGACUAAGAGUCUCCAGGGGCACAUUGAAGUCUGUUCCAUGGUUUGGGUCAGAAACUGCCGAGAAAAAGCUCUAAAGCCUUACUCCAAGGUUGUUUCCACAGAAUCUUGCAAAGAAAUUUCAGUUCAUCGAUUUGGAACUUGACACACUAAUUCGAGCAAAAUACACAUGCAGACCAUCGAGUGUUUAUUGAAGUAGUGGCAUGGCAGGGCCCCUGGGGUUUCCCCCCCUUUAUCAGAAACAUUGGUACGUUGCUUUAAAGUUUAUAUCCCGUAUUUUGGAAGCCCAUACUAAUAGAAGUUUUAGCAUUUGUUGGACUUGCUCGUCGUUUUCAGCACGGUUCACUUGAGUCUUCACGUCACCUCUGGCCAGCAGCAGGAACGCUCAGCAGGGACUGGGACAAGACCGUCACAGUUGAGAGCUGAGUCCAGACUUCCUGCCUUUGUGUUCCAUGGCCUUUUAAAACAAGAAUAUUGUAAGAACAGGGUGUGCAUAUACUUUCUUUCCAACAUGCAGUUUUGGGCCAGAAAGUUUUUAAGAUUCAAUAUAUGCAUUUAUUUAAAAAUAUAAAUAUGGAAAAAUAAAUAAUUUAAAGACUAGAGU